AUGAACGGGGAAGAAAUUAAGACGGCGAAGUCAUCGACUAAUCUACCAGACAACGAGUAUCCGAAAAAUUUGGAGUCGUAUCGCCAGAAAUGGGUGAGAAACCUCGGUAUCCAAAAUAAGCCAAGUGUUCCAUGCCAGAAGAAUGAGCAAAUCCAUACAUCCUGUUUGAAAGUUCUUGACCGAUGUCCAUCUGCAUUGGGAAACAGUGAUCUGGAAGCUGUGCUAACACUGUUUUGUGAGCGUGAAGAAUGUGACUUCGAUGAAAGCUAUGCGAGCAUUUUAGAAAUGUUGGUUCCAUUACGAUGCAGUCUGGAUGAACUCUACAAUAUAUUUUAUGCUAUAACUACGAAAUUUGUACCAAGAGACAUAUCAAAAGGUGCCGUGUGCUAUCAGCUUAUGCACUUGAUUGUGCAGUAUCACGAUCCGUUGCUCAGUUCACAUCUGGAGUCACAUAAAGUUACUUCCUUUGAAUAUGGGCGUCCAUUUUUUGCUGCACUGUUCGCCCCUGAAGGUGACCCGUAUUUGUUGUUUACAAUGGUUUUGGUCUUCUUAAUCAACUGCUCCGAUCAGCUUAUGGCAUUGAACACCAAAAGUGAAUUGAUUGAUACGAUUCGAUUUGCUGUGAAGGAACUUUCCGUGGAUGAUGUGGAUGAUUUUUUUGAAUUAUCAGUUUUGUUUCUAAGUCAGACACCAUCAUCUAUCAAACAAGAUUUUCAACGCGUUUUGUUUGGCUCUCGACAUGCAGAAGAAAUGCAAGCUAAUAUUGAAAAGUUACUUGCAUUGCCAAUUGAUCCUCGCGAUGUUAUCCGAAUGGGUUUGGAUGAAAACCUUAAUGCAGCUUAUAAUUUUCCACAGGAAUCAGAACCGAAUUUCUUCAUUAUUGAUGCUCGAUCUCAUGAUCAGUAUUCAGCUGGCCAUUUAGAUGGUUCAUACAAUCUGGAUUCUACACUGUUUGUUGAAGCUCCACUUCAGUACAAAUUAGCUUUAUCUAGUCUGGAUGCUUAUCGAUGUGCUUUUCAUCCCAAUGAACACAUCCUUUUCCUUGGUUCUGGACGUGAAGAUGAUCUUUAUUUGCAUAUGGUAAUUGCAAAUUUUUUACAACAAGGACGAAAACAUAUUGCUUUGGUAGACGGAGGCUAUAAAGCUCUUCAUCAACAGCUUGCACCAAAUUUUGAAUGUUUGGAUGGACAUUAUGCAGCCGUUUGCAAGGAGUGUAAAGGACAACCGUUAUAUGCAGUCGAAAAAGAUGCCCAGAGAAAAUCGUCUUACUCUAGCGAAGGCGGUGUCAUUGAUUAUGUAUUGAUGAUAUGUGAUUUUGCUAGCAGUUCUGUAAGUCAGUUACUUGAUUUAGAACGAUAUAAGGACUUUCUUAGGAAAACUAAGUGGAAGCUUGAUAUUGGUAGUAUUUUGGGCGCAGUCAAAGCAACGGCACCUUCAAUUAGAGAAAAAGUGCGGAAAUUGCCUAUAAUUGUGACACGUGGUCCAAAUACUGUUGAAUUUAGUCAUGUUGAGACAAGUCAGCGACAUGGUAAACGAUAUCGUAAUGAACAAUCGCUUUUUACUCUUAGUGAUUCUGAUUCUGAAACAGAAACUGUCGCUGUUGCAUCCAGUCCAAGAUCCUCUGAACCAAAAAAGUUGGACGAUGUUCUGAAACAAGAUGGUGUGCUGGAAUAUUUUGAAGGAUUGGAAGUAUUUACAGAAGAUGCAAGUCACCGUACUGUGGAAUGCUAUCUAGUUUUAACAGCGACACAUAUUCUCAUUUUUCAUCAAGAAAAGAUUGGGGAGGUCGUUUUACGAGCACGUCAUGCAUAUGGAUCAGUACUGCGUGUUUCAAGCAGGAAAAAAAUCCCUGAGCUAUUAACGUUCAAGUUCGGUUAUUGUACCGAUGAGGAUGAUUACAAGGCAAUUUGCAUUUAUUUUACCCUAGUUACCGCAGUUCGUCGUUUCAUAAUACCCAGAGCUGGUGACUGCGCAAAAUCAAUCAAAACGAAUAUAGUCAAACUUCGACCAAGUAUUCUUGGCUAA